AUGAAGCGUCGUCGAACGACGGACGCGGCACCGCGACUGGAACCGACGGUGAGCGUGUUGAUGCCGUGUCGAAACGCCAUGCCUUGGCUCACCGCCGCCGUGCGGAGCGUGUUGACGCAGAGGGACGUCGCGCUGGAACUCAUCGUCGGGGACGACGCGAGCGCGGAUGGAAGCAGAGCGUGGUUGCUCGCGCUCGAGCGCGCGAUGGCGGCGCGCGCGGUGGAGACGGAGGUGACGUGUUUGGAGAGGGAGGGAGGAACGCGGGGGGCGGAGGCGGAGGACGACGAAUUCGAGGCGGAGGCGUCGACGGACGACGCGACGAAGAUGCGGACGUACGACGUCGAAGAGGUGGCGAAAGUGGCUUCUGGGUCGUGUACGAUGAAGGUGAUCGCGAUCGAUCGCGAUCCGGGGGUGAGUCCGAGCGGACAAGGGUUAGCGUUGAACGCGUGCUUCGAAGCGAGCUCGGGGGCGUUUGUGGGCGAGAUGGAGAGUGAUGAUUUACGUCCGCCCCACGCGUUCGCAUCGCUCGUGCGCGCGCUGCAGAAGGAGAAUCCUGAGUGGGAUUGCGUGACGUCGCAAAUCAGGCUGUGUGGAUGGGAACGAGAGGGAAUGAAGCGGUUCGAGCGGUGGCAGAACGGGUUGCUCACGCCGGAAGACUUGGCGCGAGAGCGAUUCUUAGAGAUUCCCGCGCUCAGGGCCUCGGCGCUGUUUAGACGGGAAAAGUUGAACGAAUUCCGCGCGAAGACACAUGGUGGAGCGCUGUAUAGAGAUUUAUGGUUCCGAAAUGGGACGGUGUUGGACUUUGCCGCUUCGCCUGCGGGCGAAGCAGUCGCCGACGCCCAGCCGCACCGCUGGUGGCCGGUGGACUCCGACUUCUGGCAUCGAUGGUUCCAAAACGGAUUCAACGCCGGCAAAGUUCCUCAAAAGUUAUAUUGGUGGCGCCAAUACGCCAACCAGAGCACGCGCACGCACAGUCGAUGCUCGCACGAGCAGCUUAGAAAGUGCAAGGCGUACUUUUUCGCCGCCGCUGCUCUUGACGGUCAACUCCCAUACGCUCUUGCGAAGAAAACACCCGUCAAAAAGAUCGUUCUCUACGGCGUCGGCGAGACCCUACGGGCGUGGUGCAGUGAUCUUCAACUGGAAAUCACCGCACAGACGCCGUCCGAUCGUUCAACGAUCGAGAUCAAUGCUACCGAACACAAGCCCGGUUGGGCCCGUUGGGCCGAGACGGAUGCCGACGCGUCCGUCGUGCACGCCUUCGUCUUCGGCAUGGCGCCUGCGCGCGCGAAGAUCGCGCGUGCCAUCGACCGAUCGUUCAAAUCUUUACCCGAAUCCGCUAGAAAAGCCUUCAAUGUCGUCUACAUUGCGUGA